AUGCUCUCCCACAGGCAUAGAAAUCGAUCUCCAGAUUCCAGAAGCGCUUCCAGAAAACCUAGAUCGCACAGGUCGAGAUCCAGAAGCAGGAGCAAAUCUAGAGUUUCAAAAUAUGAAUCCACAUCCAGUAGACAUAGACACGAAGAAUCGUUUAGGUAUCCUGAUGAUAAAUAUUCUAGAACGGACAGGAAAAGUGGUGACCAUGACCACAAUCGAUCCAGAGAUCCAAAGAAAUUCCCGUCUCAAGAAGAUGCUUUUAUGGAACACAGAAGACAAGAAAGGGAAGUUUUAGGUACCAGGGAAAGUAGUAUGUGGGCGAAAUCACCUUUGAGAGAAGAGGACGCGUCUGAAGAAGAAAAAGUAAAAGAAGAAUCAAGUCAAAAAAAGUCAAAGAAAAAGAAACACAAAAAAGAUAAAAAGCACAAGAAAGACAAAAAACGCAAAAAAGAUAAAAAGAAAAAAAAGAAACGGAAAGUAUCCUCAAGUUCAGAGGAGUCUUCUGACGAGCUAGAAGAAGAAUGGGUCGAAAAAGACCAAGUCAGCAAACCUAAAAAGCAAUUUGUAUCAGACUCAUCAUCAUCCGAUUCUGAAGAAGAAUCAGUUGUAGGUCCAACUCUCAAACCCCAAACAACCCUUACUCAUAAAGAAAUGGGCAAAGCCCUAUUACCCGGAGAAGGGGCUGCUAUGGCAGCUUAUGUAGCAGAAGGCAAACGUAUUCCCAGAAGAGGUGAAAUAGGUUUGACUUCCAAUGAAAUCGCUUCCUUUGAAAAAGUCGGUUACGUUAUGUCCGGAUCUAGACAUAGAAGAAUGGAAGCUGUACGUAUAAGGAAGGAAAAUCAAAUUUAUUCAGCCGAUGAGAAAAGGGCAUUGGCAAUGUUCAGUAAAGAAGAGAGACAGAAAAGGGAGAAUCUUAUAUUGGGACAGUUUAAGGAUAUGGUUAAGCAAAAAUUGGCUGAUAAAAAUCAAUAA